AUGGAGCUGGCUCCCCUUCUCCUCGCCCUCCUGGCUCACUGCACAGGGUCCUGGGCAGAUGUUGUGUUUACUCAGCCACCCUCCAUGUCGGGGUCUCCGGGACAGAAGGCCGUCAUCUCCUGCACCCGCAGCAGCGGCAACAUUGGAAGCAACUAUGUGCACUGGUACCAGCAGCGCCCAGGCAGUGCCCCCACCCUGGUGAUCUAUGAAGAUGACCAAAGACCCUCCGGGGUCCCAGGCCGGUUCUCUGGCUCCAUCGACAGCUCCUCCAAUGCCGCCCACCUGACCAUCUCGGGGCUGCAGCCCGAGGAUGAGGCCGACUACUUCUGUCAGUCUGCUUUAGCACAGUGA